CCAGGAGCGGAAGUAGCUGACAGACGGGCUGCCUGUCCGCUCGGUGGCCCUCGCGCGUCGCUCCGAUCCAACCGGCGCCGUUUCCCCUCAGAAGCCCGUGAGGAAAGUUGGGCUCCGGCUCCUUCUCGGCGCGGGCGGCGUCUCGGAUGCGGCGGAAGCAGAAGCGGCUGCUGCAGGCGGUGGGGCUGGCGCUGGCCGUCCUCGUCUUCCUCCCCAACGUGGGACUCUGGUCCCUUUACCGGGAGAGGCAGCUGGAUGCCGGCGGAGGUGGUGAGGGAAGAGAAGGAGGCGCCGCCGCGGGGGGAGCCCGCGGGGUGGUGGCGCCGAAGGGAGCGGCGGCAGCGGCGGCAGUCCGAGAGGAGGAGGAGGCAGAGGUGCAGGGUUUCCAUACAAGACAAAAGAAAGAAGUUUACCUUGAUAAUGGACUAAGAAAAAAGGACUGGCAUGACAGAGAUGCUAUAAAGAGAGACUUGCAGAGGUUAGGAAAUGGAGAACAGGGGAAACCAUAUCCUAUGACUGAUGCUGAACGAGUAGAUCAGGCAUACAGAGAAAAUGGGUUUAAUAUUUUUGUGAGUGACAAAAUUUCUCUAAAUCGCUCUUUACCAGAUAUACGACACCCAAACUGCAAUAGCAAGCUAUAUCUGGAAAAGCUCCCCAACACCAGUGUAAUAAUCCCGUUCCACAACGAAGGAUGGUCAUCACUUCUCAGGACAGUGCACAGUGUUCUCAAUCGCUCUCCACCUGAACUGAUAGCUGAAAUUGUGCUAGUGGAUGAUUUCAGUGACAGAGAACACCUAAAAAAGCACUUGGAAGACUAUAUGGCAAAGUUUCCCAAAGUGAGGAUUCUCCGAACCAAAAAGAGAGAAGGAUUGAUAAGGACCCGAAUGUUGGGGGCUUCUGCAGCAUCGGGAGACGUUAUUACCUUUUUGGACUCUCAUUGUGAGGCCAAUGUGAACUGGUUGCCACCCCUUUUAGACCGUAUUGCUCGAAAUCGCAAAACUAUUGUCUGUCCAAUGAUUGAUGUAAUAGACCAUGAUCACUUUGGCUAUGAAACACAAGCAGGAGAUGCAAUGCGAGGAGCAUUUGACUGGGAGAUGUAUUACAAACGGAUACCAAUUCCUCCUGAAUUACAGAAACCUGAUCCCAGUGAUCCUUUUGAGUCUCCUGUAAUGGCUGGAGGACUGUUCGCAGUUGAUAGAAAGUGGUUCUGGGAGUUGGGAGGAUAUGAUGCAGGCCUGGAGAUAUGGGGAGGAGAACAGUAUGAAAUAUCAUUUAAGGUAUGGAUGUGUGGGGGUCGCAUGGAAGAUAUCCCUUGUUCCCGCGUUGGUCAUAUUUAUAGAAAAUAUGUCCCUUAUAAGGUUCCAACAGGAGUAAGCUUGGCAAGGAACUUAAAGCGGGUAGCUGAGGUGUGGAUGGAUGAAUAUGCAGAGUAUAUUUACCAGAGGAGACCAGAAUAUCGGCAUCUGUCUGCGGGGGAUGUGGCUGCUCAGAAGGAACUUCGCAAUAAUCUCAAUUGCAAAAGCUUUAAGUGGUUUAUGAAUGAAGUUGCUUGGGACUUGGGAAAGUUCUACCCACCAGUGGAACCUCCAGCAGCUGCUUGGGGAGAGAUCCGUAAUGUAGGGACUGGUCUUUGUGUAGAUACUAAACAUGGAGCCCUGGGUUCGCCAUUAAGGGUUGAAUCGUGUGUAAAAGGGAGGGGAGAAGCAGCCUGGAACAAUGUUCAGAGAACUUUACAAAACUGACCAGCACUUGAAACAACUCACUGGCUUUACAAUAAACCAUAAAAGGAGAUGGACAAGAGGGCAAGAUCAAAGGAAGAAGCUGUGGGCUGUGGUGUGGAUCAAACCACAUCAGACUGAGGGACCAGUGUGUACACUGUCACCAAAACAAUUUGCAGUUUCUUGGUGAUCAUCUAAUUCAAACAAAAGCAUAAAAAAGGGUGCUAAUCAAGUUGCAGCAGAGCCAAAUGACUUUGAUUCAGUUUGCCAGUGUAGUCAAAGCCUCUGUAAUUUCAUAUCUAUGCAUUUAUAUUUUGGGAAAGCACAGUUUGGAUUCUACAUGUGCACUAGUGCAUUUUGAUUAUGAGCGCUCUGUUUACAUAUAUUGUUCAGACAAGUGCAUAUUUCCUUACUGUUAGUGUUUUAGUUUAAUGCUAAGGAGCCUUAUGUAGAAUUGCAGAAUUUGUAACUUGUAGAACAAUAUAUAUUGGUAAUUAUGAAAUGGCAACAAGAGGUGCAAGAAAAAUCAAAUAGCCAUUAUGGAAGUAUCCCAGCCCAUGCUACAUGAUUUGAGACAAAUGGUGUUAAAUUAAUGUAAAUGAUCUGAGGAUUAUUUUAAUUCAUGUGAUAACAAUUUUAAAGCAUUUGAAACAAGACUGAAGAGUAAAAUUGAGUGUUAAGAAAGAAACUGGUGAUAAAUAAGAGCAUUUGGAAAAGAAGUUUCAGAGCUUUGAAGUAAGGAUUGAAUAGCUGGUUAGCAAAAUACAGCAGUUCUUAAUAGUAAAAUGAAAUUGCUUGUAGAAGAGCGACAAAGUAAAAUGUUUGUUUUUAGGAUACAAUAGGUACAAACAAGGGGCAGCCAUUCUUGAACACACUAGUCAAAGGAACAGAAUCCAAAUUAGAGAACUGAUGAGAAAGGUGAAAGAAACAAUGUAGUGCAAGGGUGGACAAUCUCAGUAGGAUUGAGGGAUGCAGAUUGGCUAGCAGCUUUUUUAAUUUUUAUUUUAUUUAUUCGAUUUAUAUCCCGCCCCUCUGGUAUAUUCUACCACUCUAGGUGGCUUCCAAUAUGACAUAAAUACCUUAAAAUAGCACAAAACAUUGAGGACCAAAGAGUGAAGCUAAAGAGUCAGGGGAAAGAGGCAAACUUACCCACAUUUAUUAUUUUUGAAGAGGAUUUAAUGUAGCAGCUGGGUGUUGUAAAUGAUGCUUUAGUAAUUUUUGUUAAGUGAAGGUGUUUAUUAAUUGGAAAAGUACCCUUAUGCCCUCUGGUGGCCAAUUAAAAGUUUUUAAAGUAGUCACCAGAGGGGGAUUUUGUGGGCAUAGAAAUGCUGGCAGAUCCUCAAAACAUGUAAAAAUGGUCUUCAUGACCCCAUAGAGCUCAAGAGGGCUUUCUGUAAAAGUUCGUUUUUAAAAAAUUUAAAUUUGGACUUAGUUGGUAUCAAAGCACAGAGGGCUGCAAAAAUGGCCCCAGAGGCUUUAUGCAGCUAAAGCAGGGGUCCCCAACCCCCGGUCUGCAACCUGGCAGUGGUCUCUGGCCUA